AUGUUGUCACGAUUCGCUUCAUCGACACUCGCUCUUCAAGCGGCAUCAUUGCCGAAACAUAUCCGAUUCCAAUCCACAAUCGCUCAUACGAUAAAAGUGCAAGAGCGAAUUAAAGAAAUGAGAUCAAAAGCUGCACUUGGUGGUGGUCAAAAGAGGAUUGAUGCACAACAUAAAAGGGGCAAACUGACAGCGCGUGAACGUAUUCAACUGCUGUUGGACCCUGGGUCAUUCGUUGAAUAUGACAUGUUUGUCGAACAUAAAUGCCACGACUUCGGGAUGGAGAAAGAGCGAUACCCUGGUGACAGCGUUGUGACUGGUCGUGGUACCAUCUCGGGCCGUGUAGUGUUUGUGUUCUCACAGGACUUUACCGUUUUUGGUGGCAGUCUUUCUUCUGUUCACGCUAACAAGAUCUGCAAAGUUAUGAAGGGAGCCAUGGAAGUUGGCGCUCCAGUCAUUGGUUUGAAUGACUCUGGCGGAGCUCGUAUCCAGGAAGGUGUUGAAUCUCUUGCUGGUUAUGCCGAUAUUUUCCAGGCCAACGUUAUGUCUUCCGGUGUUAUCCCGCAAAUUUCCUUGAUCAUGGGACCUUGCGCUGGUGGUGCUGUUUACUCACCAGCUCUGACUGAUUUCACUUUCAUGGUUAAAGAUACAUCCUAUUUGUUCAUUACUGGACCUGAUGUUGUCAAAGCCGUCACUAAUGAAGAAGUAACACAGGAGGAACUUGGUGGUGCUAAAACGCAUACUGCGACAUCUGGUGUUGCUCAUGGCGCUUUCGAAAAUGAUGUUGAUGCUUUACAAAAUAUUCGCGACCUUGUCAACUACCUCCCACUUUCUAACAAUGACCCAUCACCAAUCCGUGUUUGCGAUGACCCGUGGGAUCGCGAUGUUCCUAGCUUAGAUACUGUUGUCCCUCUUGAAAGUACUGCUGCGUAUAACAUGAAGGAUGUUAUCUUUGCUCUGGUAGAUGAGGGUGACUUCUUUGAAAUCAUGCCUGACUAUGCCAAAAAUGUUGUUGUUGGUUUUGGAAGGAUGAAUGGGCGAACCGUAGGUGUAGUUGGAAACAACCCCAAAUUCGCUGCUGGUUGCUUGGACAUCAACGCAUCUGUUAAAGGAGCUCGUUUUGUACGUUUCUGUGACGCGUUCAAUAUUCCUAUUGUAACGUUCGUCGAUGUCCCUGGUUUCCUACCAGGAACUGCACAGGAAUAUGGUGGUAUCAUCCGUCACGGUGCGAAGUUUAUUUACGCUUAUGCCGAGGCUACAGUUCCUAAAAUUACUGUUAUCACUCGAAAGGCAUUUGGUGGUGCGUACGAUGUCAUGUCAUCAAAGCAUCUUAGAGGCGAUAUCAAUUAUGCUUGGCCAACAGCUGAAGUUGCAGUAAUGGGAGCCAAGGGUGCAGUAAGCAUUUUAUACCGAGGAGAUAAGGCAAAUGUACAGAAACACGAAGAGGAAUACAUCGAUCUUUUUAGCAACCCAUUCCCUGCUGCAGUGAGAGGCUUUGUUGAUGACAUCAUUGAGCCACACACAACUCGCAAGCGUAUUUGCUUAGACUUAAACUUAUUGGAGUCAAAGAAAUUGAAGAACCCUAAGAAGAAGCACGGAAACAUUCCUUUGUAA